AUGCCAAAUUCACGAUUUAAAACCAGUCUGGCCUCGUGUGCAAACGGAUGGAUAAACUUCCAAGAAAAGUGUUACUUCUUCGGGAAGACGAAAGAAACAUGGUACAGUGCAUCGGCUUUAUGUCAAUCCUUUGGUAGUAAAUUGGCUGAACCGAUAACUCAGGAGGAAGUGACAUUCUUAGGUCGUCAAACUAUGCAAAUUGGAAAUGAUGGAGAUUACUACCUUGGCAUACAUGACAUUUUUGUGGAGGGAGAAUGGGUGUAUGCCUUCUCCAGGAAAAAAGUGACCAUAACGAUACCUUGGACCCCGGGUGGACCUGAUAACUACCACGAGGAGGAUUGUGCAUUGAUAGGAUCCGCUCCCGUGUGGCACGGUUUGUGGGGAGAUGCACCCUGCUCAAGUGCACAGUACUACAUCUGUGAAUACGAUUUAGACUUUGGUCCACCAAUGGUAAUAGGAUAACAACAAUGGAAAUUGUAUUAUUGAACAAUGCUUGAACUACAAU